CCAGCAACAACACUUCUAUACCAAACCGAAUAACCCCUCUCCUCUCACAGAAACUCUCAACCCUCCUCCUCCCUCCCCCUCCUCCAUUAUCCAAAAGACAAGCGGCAAAAUGACCACCAAACCCCCCAACCCCCUCGAACCCGACCCGGACUCCUUCGUCCAAUUCCAACGAACCCUCUACUCCUCCCUGCGAGCCCCCAAAUUCUCCACAAAACCCUCGGAAUGGGAAGCCCAAGCCCGCGCCGCCAUCCUCUUACCAAACUUCCACUAUAUCCAAGGCUCCGCCAGCAACGAGCAAACCGCCGCCGCCAACCUCUCCGCCUUCGACCGCUACCGACUGCGGCCCUGGAUGCUGACGCAGGCGACGAGGCGAGACAUGAGCGUCGAGUUAUUCGGGCGGAAGUACAAGAGUCCGCUGUUAGUGGCGCCAAUUGGCGUGCAGGAGAUUGCGCAUCCGGAUGCCGAGGAAGCGACGGCUAGGGCCUGCGCUGCGGCCAAGGUCCCCAUGAUUCUGUCCACGGCGGCGACGCGGUCGAUCGAGCAGGUCGCGAAGGCGAAUGGUGAGGGCGGGGAUCGCUGGUUCCAGCUCUACUGGCCGAAACCUCAGGCGGAGGAAUUGACGGCGAGUUUCCUGGCCAGGGCGAAGAGGGAGGGAUAUCAGGUGUUGGUCGUGACGCUGGAUACGUUCAUGAUUGGGUGGCGGCCUAAGGACCUGGAUGAAGCGUAUUUGCCGUUUAUAUGGGGUCAGGGCUGUCAAGUAGCCUUCUCGGACCCCGUGUUCAAUCGCAUGUACGAACAGCUACAAGCCGAGGACCAGCGGAGUAUUGCGGAGAAAGUCACAGAGGUGUGGCAGAUUCUCAAGAGACCGGGCAGUGUGACGGGCGCACUCAAGGUGUUGACGAGUGCGACGGCGAUGAAGAAGGCGCAGCUGUUUGUGAGCGCGUUGUCCUCGGGAACGUAUAGGGAAUGGAGCGAUUUGUAUAUUUUGAGAAAGUAUUGGGAUGGCCCGAUUGUGUUGAAGGGGAUCCAGACGGUCGAGGAUGCGCAUAGGGCGAUUGAGCACGGGAUGGAUGGGAUUGUGGUGUCGAAUCACGGGGGAAGGCAGCUCAACGGGGCGAUUUCGUCGCUAGAUGCGUUGGCGGAGAUUGGCGCUGAUCAGAAGGUCGUCGAGUCCGGUUUGACGCUUCUCUUCGAUAGUGGUAUUCGUACCGGGUCCGAUGUGCUCAAGGCGAUUGCUCUGGGAGCGAAAGCCGUCCUGAUUGGCAGACCCUACGUCUACGGUUUGGCGAUGGGAGGAGAGGAAGGAGUCAAGCAUGUCCUGGACUGCAUUCUUGCAGACACUGACAGCUCCAUGGCAAAUCUAGGGAAGAAGUCCCUGUCAGAGAUCACUCGUGACGAUCUCAGGGUCUUGGGAGAAAUGUCCAAGCUAUAGGUUAGAAUCAGAUAGAGGCACAGAGGCGAAAUAGAAGAAGAAACUUGAACGUGAACACUCUCGAUACC